AUGAACACGUUCACUCGUAUCCCUUUAAUAGUUACUUUUUCUUAUUUUCAGGCUGAUUGUAAAGUAAAUGAUCUCUUUGUCGACUUACGAGACGGUUUUUCACUUAUUGCUUUGCUCGAAGUUCUCACUGGGGACCGACUGCCACGUGAGAAUGGCUACACUCGGUUUCAUAGGAUUCAAAAUGUACAGUACUGCCUUGAUUUUCUCAAGAAAAAGAAUAUCAAAUUAGUGAAUAUCCGACCAGAGGAUAUCGUUGAAGGCAAUGGAAAGUUGACUCUCGGCUUGAUAUGGACAAUCAUCCUGAACUUCCAGGUGUCUGUAAUUAAGCAGCGUCAAUUAGAAGAGUCACGUCAGCAAUCAACGCUUUCUAACUCAUCUCAGGUUUCCGAGGCUCUGCACGCCAGCGAUGCCUCUUCAGCUCGUGACGCUCUGCUGCAAUGGGCUCGAAAGGUUACCAGUGGUUACCCACGGGUGAACGUGACCAACUUCUCGUCAUCGUGGAAGGAUGGUCUCGCCUUCAACGCCAUUCUCCACCGAUACAGGCCAAAUCUUAUCGAUUGGAAUAAGGCGUCUGUGGAGAUUUGA